AUGAUCGAAGAGAUCCUUGAAUGUCUGGGUUUUUAUCGACUUGCAAGAUCGCUACGUCUCUGGCGAAUCGAGUGCCAGUUUGAAUGUGACCAUAAAGAUGAGAUUAAUUGGAUCAGGGCAUACAAUGCCACAGAAAAUCUCCAAAUUGCUAUCCUACAGCGCAUACGUCGCCUCGAACGAGAUCAGCAGGAACUUAUGGCAACGGGAAAAAUCCCUACCACUCCUCGCGCAUUUGGAGAUGACUGUUCCGACGUCUCAAAAUACGGCGAGAUUCUGGAAAAGGAGCUGGAAAUGGCCCGGUGCAUAUGGCAUACCAACAAGAAGGAACUGGCGGAGCUUCUGUUGACUCUGCCAGUGUAUGGACGGGGCUUACGCCUUAGAGAAUGGCGGAAGAUUCGCGAGGUUAAAGAAUUCCAGGACAAAUCGAUGCUUUGGAUGGACGGCAGGGAGCGCUGUGCAAUGAUGGGAGGAUGUUGUGGGAGAACUUGUCGCUGCUGCGACGAGCCAUUAAUGACAUAUUUCAAGCCGACAAUGGAUACGUUCGAAUUGCAACGAGUCGAAGCACUCCAUGGACAUUGUACCUCAGAAUGCAGAUGCUGCAUCCGACACCAGCGAGCCUAUGUACCCGAUGAGGAUAUCGAAAAAAAUGGUAAACGGCGAAAUGAGGAUAGUUCUUCAGAGGAGAUGUGGGAGACGUGUUCCGGAUGA